AUGAUCCCAAAGAUAUUUGUAAAUAACGAGUGGCAUGAUUCAGUCAGUGGCAAAAAAUUUCAAAUCUUUAACCCUGCAAAUGAAGAGGAAAUCUGUCAGAUUGAAGAAGGUGAUAAGCCCCCAGAUGGAAACUUUUUUACAUUUACAAGACACGAGCCCAUUGGUGUGUGUGGCCAAAUUAUUCCUUGGAACUUCCCAUUGGUUAUGUUUGUCUGGAAGAUUGCCCCUGCCCUUUGUUGUGGAAACACAGUGGUUGUCAAGCCAGCAGAACAAACUCCACUGACUGCUCUUUACAUGGGAUCCUUAAUUAAAGAGGCAGGAUUUCCACCUGGAGUAGUGAACAUUGUACCAGGCUUUGGACCCACCGCUGGAGCAGCAAUUUCUUACCACAUGGGUGUAGAUAAAGUGGCUUUCACAGGCUCUACUCGGGUUGGCAAACUAAUCAAAGAAGCAGCGGGGAAGAGUAAUCUGAAGAGAGUUACAUUGGAACUUGGAGGGAAAAGUCCUAACAUUAUAUUUGCAGAUGCAGACUUGGACACCGCUGUAGAAUUUGCACAUAUUGGUCUGUUCUACCACCAGGGUCAGUGUUGUAUAGCAGGAUCUAGGAUUUUUGUGGAAGAGCCUAUUUAUGAUGAGUUUGUUCGUCGAAGCAUUGAACGAGCAAAGUAUACCCUUGGGAAUCCUCUGUUGCCCAGUGUACAGCAAGGCUCUCAGCGCAUGUCUUCUGUCAUUCCUUCUGGUAAUCAAUCAUCCCCCAACCGGUUUUAA